AUGCAUUCACAACAAGAAUUGGAUUUAGAUAGACUUAUUGAAGUGCUGAGUUAUGAUAAAAAAGAUUUACCAUCAGAACUGAGUGAGAAGGCAAUUGCAAACACUCAACGUCAAGUUGGUAGCAGUCCGAAAACAUUAAUGCGUGGAGUUACCGAACAACAAUUAUUAGAUCUUGCUCACGCGGCACGAUCAUUAUUCAUUAGUGAACCAGUUCUCGUGACAAUAUCUUCCCCAGUUAUAAUUGUUGGAGAUAUACAUGGACAACACGAAGAUUUGUUACAGUACUUCAAUCGUUGUGGCAAGCCACCUGAACAGAAGUAUGUAUUUCUUGGUGAUUAUGUUGACCGUGGUAAACGAUCAAUUGAAACUAUCUCACUCAUAUUGGCAUACAAACUAAAAUAUCCUGAUAAAGUGGCUGUUUUGCGAGGAAAUCAUGAAUGUAGUCGGAUAAAUCGGAUAUACGGUUUCUACGACGAAUGUAAACGCCGUUAUUCAACAAAACUAUGGAAAGUAUUCACAGACUGCUUUAAUUGCCUCCCUUUAGCUGCACUAGUUGAUUCUAGAAUGUUCUGUGCACACGGUGGUUUAUCACCAGAUUUGAAGAAGUUAGAACAGUUGAAUGAAAUACGACGUCCAACCGAAGUUCCAGACAUGGGUAUUAUCUGUGAUUUAUUGUGGUCAGAUCCUGACGGAUCAUAUACUGGAUGGAAAGAAAAUGAACGAGGCGUUUCAUACACAUUCGGUGAAGAUGCUGUAUAUCGUUUCAUGAAAGAUUGCAAUGUGAGUUUGGUUGUAAGAGCGCAUCAAGUGGUCGAAGAUGGAUAUGAAUUUUUUGCCGAUAAAAAAGUUGUAACUGUGUUUAGUGCAGCGAAUUACUGUGGAGAGUUUGAUAAUGCUGGUGCAGUGAUGCAAGUUAAUGAAGAUUUAGUCUGUUCUUUUGUAAUUCUAAAGCCUUACAUGAAUAAAAGGAAAGUGAAUGGUGAACAGUCAAACUCUGAUGACCUUGAGAAGGAAGAUGAGCUCAAUAUGCAAGAAAUAAAUGUCGAUAAUGAGAUUAAUAAAAGUCCGUAGAUCCUUAUCAAUGAUUUGACUACAAGAAGCUGUUACCAAAAAAGGAGGGAAUCUAAAAUUAUCAACGAUUUCUUUGUACGACAGAUUUAUAUUUCGUCUUGUUCUCUG